CAUGCUUUUCCCCAGUUUUAUUCUGUUUCUCUGUCUUAUCAGGAGCAUUCAGAGCCAGACUUUGUGGAGCAGUUGCGUUCAGCAGGUAGCGUGGACGAGCUUAUGAGAAUCGUUUAUCCCAGCUACUGGAGCAUGCUGAAGUGUCGUUCCAAGAUGGGAUUGCACUUACCUCAGAGAGAUCACAGCUCCACAGAAACAAGGUCGGAGGAGGCCUCCUAUGCGGCUGCUUUCAUCAAUCUUGAAAUUUUUACAAGUAUUCAGACAGAGUGGAGAAACACCCUGUGCAUGCCACGCCAAGUUUGUUUAGAUGUUGGGAAAGAGUUUGGGGCAGCUACAAACACCUUCUAUAAACCACCCUGCGUGUCUGUCUACAGAUGUGGGGGCUGCUGCAACAGUGAGGAGCAAGUGUGCAAGAACAUGAGCACUUCAUAUAUCAGCAAGACGUUGUUCGAAAUCACAGUUCCUAUGAAGUAUGGGGCCAAGCCAGUCACCAUAAGCUUCGCCAACCACACUUCCUGCAGCUGUUUGUCGAAACAGGAUUUGUAUCGACAGCAGCACUCAAUAAUUCGAAGAGCCUUACCAGAAUGUCAUGUGGCAAAUAAAACAUGCCCAGAGAAUCACAGCUGGAGCAAUCGCUUAUGCAGAUGUGUGCUACUGCCCGACACCCUUUUUUCAAAACCACAUUCUGAAUUUGAUGAAGACUUCUGCGGGCCCAACAAAGAGCUGGACGAGGAGACUUGUCAGUGCGUUUGCCGAAAAGAGCUGCGAACAGCAGGCUGUGGACCGCACCACUACCUGGACAAGAACACCUGUCAGUGUGUGUGUAAAGCAAAGCCCUCUUCCUGCAGGCCUCAACAGAGCUUCAACAAGGACACCUGUCAGUGCACCUGCGCCAAGGUGUGUCCCAGUAGUCAGCCUCUCAACCGCACCAAGUGUGUGUGUGAAUGCACAGAGUCCCCUAACAAGUGCUUCUUAAAAGGAAGGCGGUUCCACCCGGCCACGUGCAGUUGUGUCAGGCCGCCGUGUAACAUGGACCCUAAGAAAAGAGGAUGUAACGAUGAUGAGUAUUUCAGUGAAGAACUGUGUCGCUGUAUACCUAAAUACUGGGGGAGACUGAACUAAACACAACUAAGCGCAGGUGGCGCUGAAUGCUAACGGACACGCUGGCAUUUAGAGCAGUGCUGUGUUUGGCUGCUGCUUAUCUGACUCACAUGUGCUAGUCAUGUCGACUAGCGUCGAGUAACGGGAGGCAAGAAAUGUCCACAUUCAACCCCACAUAUCAAACAUGGGGUGAGCUAUCAAGGACCGAGAGAGAUUUCUAAAGGCUGGAGCCAUGUUUUGCCAUUGUUUUAAUUGAAUCGUCUAUUCGUAUUUGUCAGAUAAUGAUUAUAUAAUUUAUUGCCAUGAAAUGUUUUGAAACUCCCUGGUUCAUAGCAUUCAUUUCGAAAAAAAAAUACACUGUGAGCAAUAUUUUUGUAUCAUGUUAAGUCCCGUAAAAUAAAGUAUAAAGUUGUAUGAUAUAUUGUUAACUUAUUUAUAAGCUGGACUAUCUUAUUAAAAUAAUACUGCACAUGAUUCAAAUGUAUUCAGUUUUGACUACCAAAUGUAUGCACCAGAUUAAAUUCUAUCAAAAUGACAGUGCAAGCUGGCAAAGACAUGUUUUUUCAAUGCUGGAAGCAUUGCUUGUUGACAAUCCAAGAACUUUGCGCAAGUUACCCAACAAUAUCGAAGACUUUGAACAAGGAAAUACAACACAUUAAUCUGGAUAUGGACGAUUAAAAAACUGGUGCUACAUGUAUGCAGUUCGAUAAAAGUUACAUCAGUGACAAUGUACACCUGGAUUAAUGGAUUCCACUUAUGUCUCAUCCAACCUGCCUCUUUAAAUGCAGUAUAAGGUGGAGAAAGUGGUGUAUGAAUGACCUCGGUUGGAGAUCAGUGGUCUUUAAGGCCUUUGACCUCAGUGGAUGCAUACACAGGAGCAAUGUGAUUGGCCCAACUCCACCUGGUAUCCGCCCACUGUUUCAGCUUGACACUGUAAAUAUAAUAAAUCACCUCUGCUUCCAUCCUA